AUGCCCUGGUCCAACUUUCAUAAUAAACGCCAUGCUCGUCUCUUGGUUUACUUUUUUGCAUUGGUCGUCAUAACAGCAUUGGUGCGUCAAUUCAUCCAGCCACCGUCAUCUCCGGUAGUCCUCGACCUGCCCAUAGUCCAGACCAACGACUCGGAUCACAAUGCCAAUGCCUCGACGACAACAACACCACCACUACAAAAAACGGUUUCCAUACCGACGUUUACAGAUACAUUUUGGCCGUCGUUUGAGUCAUGGAGACAAGAUGGAUGGUCGUUUAGAGUACCUGAAAACAAGAUGAUGACCAGUCGAGUGCAUCGAAUACAAGCUUAUGUUGAACAAGGAGAUGAUUUGACGACAUCUGAAGCUACUUCAGUUCAUGCAGCUUUGACAGUGAUUGUCCGUGUGACCGACCAGGCCCUGAUCCAAGCCCAAAUUCGAUCUUUGGCUACUCAAUCAUUGAAGCCUCGCACAGUGUGGCUGAUUGUACCCGAAGCAAUGGAUGCUCCAGUAUCACAAGAUGGAAUGGAUAUACAUGUAGUGGUUCAGGAACCAGUGGCAAGUUAUGAGAAAGGCACGGCAGGAGAAUCACCGUGGUUGGCUUCGAUUGCACCUUUGAUCAACAACGACAAUGAUGCAACAGAGGAAUGGGUGUGGAUACUGGAUCAUAGCAACGUUCAACCAACAUCAUCCGAUUAUGCAGCUACAAUGAUCCAUUUGGCAAAUUCCUCGUAUCAAGGCGCACUACUUGGUACCAUGAACACUGGUAUCCUUUUACCUUCCAACUUUUAUACCCAACAAAAGGAGAUCAUAUGCCUUGCUGAUGAUGAUACACGUUUGCCUCACGUUGUUCAACCAGUCGACAUGCUGACAGAUUCCUGGUUUAUGCGCAAAACAUGGCUAUCAUUGUUAUCCAAUCCACCAUCACAACAACAACCAUCACUUUACAAUACACCCACCGGCUACUAUAUAUCACAGGCACUACAACAACAUGGCAAUAUACCCACCCUUGCUUUGCCAUCUCUCCCACACUUACAAAUUCAUCAACAAAGCUGUAAACGUGUCCAACAACAAUGGAAGCAACAUCAACCAUGGCAACAACUCUUUUCAUUAAAGACAACGCCAACAGCCUUGGAUUAUCGGCAAUCCACUAUGCGAAGAGCCAUCAAGCAAUUGGAUACGGUGCUAUUUGUAGUGGAUGGAGUGGAUCAAGCAAUGGCGUUCAUUCCUCUCAUGUGUCGUUUCGAGUAUACAGUGCAUGCCGUGGUGACAGGAUCAGCAAGAGGAUUGGCAGGAAGGACAUUGGAAGAAACAUUACGUCAAACCGAUGAUUGUGGUAAAAGGGUCAUUGUGCAUGAUUUGAAUCUUGGAUUUGCCGAUGAUACAAGCAAUGCUAUGGCGCAGCAAGUCAUUACUGGUGUUUCACAGCUGAUUCAAGUACUCGAGCCACGUGUCGUAUUAUACACCGAUCGAGGCAAGCAGCAUGCUCUCUCCUCCUCAUUGGCGCAUUUGGAUGGCACAGUGUCUAUUGGACUUCCCAUUGAUCAUAUCAUUCACGCUUUAUGGAUUGCUCAAUUACCAUUGGAUGCAUUGGAACAAUGGCAUCGCCCUGAAAUUAAGCUUGUCAUCAUUACGGACCGACGACCCCAUGCACUCUCUCGUUUAUUCCAAUCGGCUGAUCGGUCCUUUUACUUGGGCGACAAGAUUGAUCUCGUGGUUCAUCUAGAACAAUCAUCCGAUCCCGCUACACGAAUGCUAGUCAAUGGCUUAGAAUGGAGACAUGGAACCAAGAUACUGCGACAUCGAAUUCGUAAGGGUGGGUUGAUGCCUGCUAUCGUGGAAUCAUGGUAUCCAGGAAGUGAUGAUGAGUAUGCCGUGCUACUGGAAGAUGACGUUGAAGUAUCUCCACUGUUUUAUGUAUGGGCCAAAUACAGCAUCCUGCAAUAUCGAUAUCACCAAAGCAAAGAAAAUGAUGAUUUACGGCAACGGCUGUAUGGUGUGAGCUUGUACUCCCCAAGGAAUUUGGAAUUACAUCCUGCUGGAAGACGACCUUUUCAUCCUGAUCAUGUAUUAGUGAAUCAUUUCCCACCACGGAUGCCGUAUGUGAGCCAAGUGCCCUGUAGUUGGGGUGCUGUUUACUUUCCUGAGCAUUGGCGAGAAUUCCAUCAGUACCUUACAGCUCGAUUAGCCGAUUUGGAUCAGCCUCCCAAAAGAUUGAAUAUCACGGUGCCCGAUAGUCGCAGCGAACGAUGGAAAAAGUCAUGGAAAAAGUACUUUAUUGAGCUUGUUUAUCUACGCGCCUAUGUCAUGCUCUACCCCAACUUUCAAGAAUUCGAAUCAUUUUCUACCAACCAUUUGGAAACGGGCACACAUGUCAAGUCGACAACCAAAAGGAACAAUGCCAUCCACUCUUUCCUUGUCCCACUCAUGCAACGUGAUACCAUUCUUGCUCAACUUCCCAACCAUCGAUUACCUUCUGAAUUUGAAGAUCUUCCUGUAUUGGACUUAUGGGGUUAUUUGCGUACGCAUGAUGCUCUCGAUACAACAGCGGCUCAAUGGCAUGCACGUGUAUCCACAUGUGAACGGCAACAACAUCACACACCUUUUGACGCAAGUGAUUUGUUAUGUCCUUUCUCAACACCACCUACACCUGAUCCUGUUCGACCCAAAAAAGUCAAGGUGGUCUAUGCUGUGGAGCCCAUUGAAUAUGUCAAAGGAUCAAGUCAAGACAAGAUCAUUUAUGAUCCUGAAGAGGAGGGUCCAGUACCGAUCAAUGUAGCUACCAUGCCUUCGGAACCAGAUGAUGGCAGUGUACGAUGGGAUGAUGCACAGCUAGACCUUGUGGAUGAUCUCAUGUGGAUGAAUCAGCUUUAUGAUCAAUCAACCGGUUUACAAGAUAUUCUAGCAGCAGAUGCCGAGCUGGAUCUCGAAUAA